UCAACAAUGGAAGUAAAACUAAAAGCCCAAGACUUGAUAUCAACGCAAAGAAGAUGGUACUCAUCUGAAACACUUGAAAGCGUAUAUUAUAAGGUACCUGUCAAGAGACGUUCGAAAAUCGAAAAGAUCAAGGACAAUUGCUUUUGCUCUAGAACACGCGUUUGGAAAGUGUUGACAACACUGCUACCUAUAAUUAAAUUCAUUAAGAAAUACAAAACGACAAACAUCCUCGGUGAUUUCCUUAGCGGUCUUACAGCAACAUUUUUACACCUUCCACAGGGGCUUGGGUUUGGAAUAUUAGCGGGACUCCAACCAAUCAAUGGCUUGUACACAACUUUCUUUCCUGUUUUGAUAUAUAUGUUUUUUGGGACGUCUCCACACGUUUCUUUCGGAUCUAAUGCAGUCAUGGCUCUUUUGACACAGACUGUUGUCCAACGCGAGGCUGAUCGCUAUUUAGGCAGCAGCACAUUGUAUUUGAUAUCCACGAUUAAUCAUGCAAAUGAGUCUACGGGAAACAAUUCUACUCGUUAUUUACAAAACGACUUGGAGGACAUCAAAGUUCGAGCCGCCAUGACAGCGUCCUUACUAACAGGGUUCAUUUUAGCCGGACUUGGUAUUUGUCGUCUUGGAUUUCUGACAAGAUAUAUGUCCGUUAGUUUUAUCGGCGGCUUUACAACGGCAGCAGCAAUUCAUAUUGCUUCAAGCCAAGUUCCUAAAAUGCUUGGAAUCGCCGUGUCAUCACACUCUGGAGCAGGAAAGUUAGUAAAGAUGUACAUUGAGCUUUUCUCAAAUAUUAAAUUAACCGUUAUUUCUGAACUUUUAGUUGCAGUAAUUACAAUUAUUAUAUUACUCGUUGUAAAAAUUCUGAUUAACGAAAAAUAUAAAGAUCGCAUGAAAAUACCAAUUCCCAUUGAUUUUAUCGUUGUAAUAAUAGGGACUAUCGUUUCAUAUUUCGGAAAAUUUGAAGAAAAAUUCGAUGUUAAAAUUGUAGGAGAUAUUCCUUCAGGAUUUCCCAUGCCUAAAGUUCCGGCAUUACACACUGCAUCUACAAUGAUAAUGGACUGUUUUGUGAUGGCAAUUUUAUCUCUCGCGAUGACAAUAUCUUUAGCAAAACUAACCGCCAAAAAGCAUGGAAUAUCCAUUGAUGAUAAUCAGGAAUUGAUUGCAUAUGGCAUUAGUAACAUAGGGUCAUCGUUUUUCUCUUGUUUCCCACAAGCAACAGCACCCCCUAGAACAAUGGUUCUAAGCAAUUUAGGCGCGAAAUCAACAUUGAAUGCCAUACCAACUGGAAUUAUUAUACUGCUUAUUAUUUUGUGGAUAGGAACUCUUUUCGAAUCACUGCCUGUUGCAAUCUUGGCAGCUAUGAUAAUUGUUGCUAUGAAGAACCUAUUGAUGCAGUUUGGAGAUAUACCAAGGCUUUGGCGAAUAAAUAAGUUUGAUUGUAUAAUUUGGCUGAUUACUUUUUCUGUAUCGGUACUGGUCGAUUUGGACUAUGGACUCAUGGCUGGCAUAGGUUUCUCAAUAUUAUCCAUAGUGAUUCAAAAUCAGAUGGCAUCUGGCAAAGUUAUUGGUUACUCUGACCGAGAAGACAUAUUUGUAGAUUCGAAAAACCGUGUUCACGUCAUCGAAAUCAGUUCUAUCAAAAUUUUCCAAUAUCAAGCACCACUGCACUUUGCAAAUGCAGAAAAUUUUAGAAAAAUAUUAUAUAGUCAAGUUGCAGACGCCAUUAAGCUUAAGAAAACAAAAGAAAAAAAUGAAGUAAAAGUCGAAAAUCAGAAUGUAUAUGAGAAAGGGAAGAAACUUGACGAAAUCGUCCGUCACAUUAUUCUUGACUUUCAAAUGAUCAGUAAUGUUGAUUUAUCUGGAAUAAAUAUUCUUACUCAGAUCAUGAAGGAUUACAAAGCCGUUGAUAUAGAGAUAUACAUUGUAAAGUGUUCUUCAAAAAUCACAGAAACACUAAGAGCAGCUGACUUCUUUGAAAACUUUCCAAAAGAGAAUAUGCUUUAUGAUUUGGCAGACGCAGUGUAUGUUAUCAACUCAAAUAAAGCUACCGAUAACAAUGAAAAUACCACAACGAAAUCAAAUUUGAGCGAAAACACGAAACUUUGAACAAUGCGAAACGUCUAAAUUCCAAUUACAUAGACGUACAACCAUACAUAACUUAUAGUGCUUUACCCAUGAUACGUUUCCAUAUUUGUUUACUUUGAUUUUUUUCUCU